AUGAAAGAAUACAACGUCAGGCGACAUUACGACAAUGAGCAUAAAGCAAAAUUUGAAAACUUAACUGGUGAAUUAAGACAAAACAAAAUAAAACAUUUUUUAACAUCUCUUAGUAGCCAGCAAAAUAUUUUCAAAUCCCAAAAUACACGUAACGAAGCGUCUGUACGAGCAAGUUAUGUAGUUGCUGAAAUGUUGGCAAAAAACAAUCGCCCUUUUACUGACAUUGAGUUUUUUAAAAAGUGCAUGUUAGCUGUAACGAAUGAAGUAUGUCCAGAAAAAAUAAAACUAUUUGAAGAAAUUAGUCUUUCGACUCGAACGUAUGUGAGGCGAACUGAGGAAUUGGGAAAUAAUUUAUUUUCCCAAUUAAAAGAUAUCAUACCGUCAUUAGACUGUUUUUCGAUAGCUAUUGAUGAGAGCACAGAUAUUUCUGACACAGCUCAACUUUUAAUAUUUAUACGUGGUAUGGACAAGGAGUUUAAUAUUUAUGAAGAGUUAGCAGAUAUGUGUAGUAUAAAAGGCACUACAACAGGUGAAGAUAUAUUUAAAAAUAUAGAAAAUUCAUUCGAAAAAUUAGGGCUUUCGUUGAAGAAAUUUAUAAGUAUUACUACUGACGGAGGAAAAAAUAUGAGUGGCAUACAUAAAGGUUUUGUUGGGAGAAUUAAGACUAAAAUGAUUGAUAAAAAAUUUUAA